AUGCCGGGCGCCGCCGCCCCGCUCCCCCGCCCGCAGGGCCGCGCCCGGGCCGCGCACCAGGAGCGGCGGCGGAGGGUGGCCCCGCUGGCCGCGGCCCCGCAGGCCCGGGCGGGGGACGAGACGCUCCUCAGGGGCAUCUUCGAGAUCGGCAAGAGGAGCUGCGACGUGGUUCUGAGCGCCCGGCGGCUCCGCUGGAGCCCCAUCCUGCCCGAGAGCCCCACAGGUGAUUCCAGUGUGGCUCAAGAAGAGAUUAUUGAAAUGAAGGAUGUAUUUUCAGUAAAACUGAAACGUCGUCGUUUUGCAGGGCAGCAAAAAGGUGGUACUUUGUUGGGUAUCACAAUUUUUAAAUGCUUGAAUAAAGAAGAGAACAAGCUUACAGACUGUGCUAUCCAUUUAAAUAACUUAAGUGAAGACCAUUGUCAGUCAUGGUUUAGACAUCUGAAGGAAAUUUUAAAUGGUUUUCAAAACAGACCUAAAUCCUUGAAAGUGUUUGUUAAUCCAAGCAGCCACAAAAGAGAAGCCACUAACAUUUAUGAUGAAAAAGUUGCACCUCUUUUUAAACUUGCUGACAUAAAAACUGAUGUCACAGUAACUGAAUAUGAAGGACAUGCUCUCUCAGUACUUAAAGAAUGUGAACUGCAGGCAUUUGAUGGGGUGGUUUGUGUUGGUGGAGAUGGAUCUGUCAGUGAAGUUGCUCAUGGGCUGCUGCUCAGAGCCCAGAUAGAUGCUGGGAAAGACACAGAAUAUGUAUCAAAGCCUGUCAGAGCACCAGUUCCUCUUGGAGUAAUACCAGCAGGUACUACAAAUAUUCUGGCCCAUACACUCUAUGGUAUUAAACAUGCAGUGACAGCAACAUUGCACAUUGUAAUGGGACACAUCCAAGCAGUAGAUGUGUGUACCUUCAGCACCCCAAGCAAGCUGCUGCGCUUUGGGUUCUCGGCCAUGUUUGGGUUCGGGGCGAGGACGCUGGCUUUGGCAGAGAAGCACCGCUGGAUGCCCUCCAGCCAGAGGAAGGAUUUUGCUUUCAUCAAAACCCUGGCAGAUCUCAAGCCAGAGGAAUGUGAAUUGUCAUUUCUCCCUCUACAAAUUCCGCAGGAAGACACUCAUGAGAAGGACGGAAAGAAGAAAGAGAGAACGAUAAAAGGUAGCAAGGAUCAGUGGCAGAAAAUUCAGGGUCACUUCCUGAAUGUGAGCAUUAUGGCAAUCCCUUGUCUGUGUUCAAUGGCACCAAGAGGCUUGGCACCUAAUACGAGGUUGAACAAUGGAAGCAUGGCUCUUAUUGUUGUACAAAAUACUUCUCGAACAGAGUUUAUAAAGCAUCUGAAAAGAUAUACCACUGCAAAAAAUCAGUUCAAUUUUCCCUUUGUUGAGACCUACACAGUUCGAGAAGUAAAAGUACAACCAAGGCUUAAAAGUGGCCCUGAUGCCCAGGAAAAUGUGUGUCUGAGUGCAGAAGGAAGCUACCCUUGGAAUAUAGAUGGAGACUUAAUGAAGGAAGCAUCAGAAGUUCACGUCCGGGUACAUCCUCAACUUAUUGAUCUCUAUGGAGUGAACACUGAUGAUCUGGAGAGUUCCCAAGUGACGUGCAGCUGCAUAUAG